AUGUCCAUUUCAAGAGCCAACUCAAAUGUUUUAUAUGAAGGAUUGAUAGAGGAACUCUAUGAAACUGGAACGUUAACGGACGAUUUGAAGAUCAACUUGUACACAGUUUUCAGAGAAACUCUACUGGAAGCCUUGCACAUUAUUGAUACUAAAUCCGUCACGUUGGUGAAAAGCCAACCUUCUGGAAGAAUGGUUUUCAAAGUAUCAGAACCAAGUGACGGACAACAAAAGAUUGAUGCUCGUCGUAAUUAUAUUUGCCUGAUAUACCCUCGUUAUUGCUCUUGUGAAUUCUUUCACCAAAAUGUGAUAUUGGAAAAGCAAGCCAUUUUGUGCAAACAUAGCUUAGCAGCUAUUCUGGGUAACAUACUAGAUGAAUUUGUAUUAGAAGAGAUGGAUGAUGAGGCAUUUGCAGAAUACUACUAUGAAGCAAUGAUGUAG